UGAGGGGAUGGUAUAUAAUUAGUGGGAAGAAAGCUCACUCCGCAGUCUCCUGGGUCAGGGCAAUUUGCAAUGAGUUGAGUCUCGAUGCUUGCCUUGUGAAGCAUUGAAGCUCCGGACAGAAAAAAGCGUAUUUACCUACACUCGUCACGCCCAGUGGCAUCCUGUUGGACUGCACCGCUCGUUUCCAGCAUAAUUACACGCAACUGAUGCGAACAAGGCCUCCGCGGUCUCGGUUAUGAUGGGGCGCCUAAACGAUCUCAUAGCCCUCCUUGCACUGUUGAGCGGCAGUGCCACAUCCGCUGCCGUAAGAAACACGGCUUCUCAGGCUCGCGCGGCGGAAUUCAACAACCCGGUGCUCUGGGAGGACUAUCCGGACCUGGACGUGUUCCGGGUCGGGUCGACCUUCUACUACUCCUCCUCCACGUUCGCCUACUCCCCGGGGGCUCCGGUGCUCAAGUCGUACGACCUGGUGAACUGGACCCCCGUCACCCACUCGGUCCCGACGCUCAACUUUGGGGACCGCUACAACCUCACGGGCGGCACGCCGGCCGGCUACGUCAAGGGCAUCUGGGCGUCGACGCUGCGGUACCGGCCCUCCAACGACAAGUUCUACUGGUACGGCUGCGUCGAGUUCGGCAAGACGUACAUCUGGACCAGCUCCGGCACGCGCGCGGGCGACAGGGACGGCGAGGUGGACCCCGCCGACUGGGUCUGGGAGCCGCACCCGCCCAUCGACCGGUGCUACUACGACAGCGGCCUGUUGAUCGACGACGACGACAAGAUGUACAUCGCGUACGGCAACCCCAAGAUCGAGGUCGCCGAGCUGUCCGACGACGGGCUCACCGAGGUCUCCUCCCGGGUCGUCUACACCCCGCCGGCCGGCACCACCAUCGAGGGCUCGCGCAUGUACAAGGUCGGCGACGCCUACUACAUCCUGGUGACGCGGCCGGCCGACGCCGAGUGGGUGCUCCGGUCGACGUCCGGGCCCUUCGGCCCGUACGAGCAGCGCGAGCUCGUGUCGCGCAUCAACGGGCCCCUCUCCAACGCCGGCUUCGCCCACCAGGGCGGCAUGGUCGACACCCCGGACGGCCGCAGCUGGUACUACGUCGCCUUCAUGGACGCGUACCCGGGGGGCCGCAUCCCCGUGGUCGCGCCGCUGCGCUGGACGGACGACGGGUGGCCCGAGGUGGUGACGGACGCGCAGGGCGGCUGGGGCGCCAGCUACCCGGUCCCCGUGGAGACGGGCAAGACGGUGCCGGACGACGGCUGGGAGCUGGACGAGUUCAGGGGCGGCCGGCUGAGCCACCACUGGGAGUGGAACCACAACCCGGACCCGGCCCGCUUCGCGCUCGCGGGCGGGGACGAGGGCGGGCUGGUGCUGCAGGCGGCGACGGUGACGGAGGACCUGUUCGCGGCCAGGAACACGCUCACGCGGAGGAUCAGGGGCCCCAAGUCGAGCGGCACGUUCCGGCUGGACGUCAGCAGGAUGCGCGACGGCGACCGGGCCGGGGCCGUGCUGUUCCGGGACACGGCGGCGUAUAUCGGCGUGUGGAAGCAAGGGGACGAGGCCACCAUCGUCGUAGUCGACGGCCUUGAGCUGGCUCUGAGCUCCUGGACGACCGUCUCGACCGGGAGGGUGGCCGAGACGGGCCCGACCCUGAGCAGCACGCAGGAUGUCUGGCUCCGGAUCGAGGCCGACAUCACGCCCGCGUUCGGGACCAACACGGCAAGGACCACGACUUUCUCGUACAGUGUGGACGGCGGGAAGACCUUUGUCCGUCUUGGCCCGGCCUUCUCGAUGAGCAAUACUUGGCAAUACUUUACGGGCUACAGGUUCGGAGUCUUCAACUUUGCCACCAAGGAGCUUGGGGGCGAAGUCAAGGUCAAGAGCUUCCAGAUGCAGCCUCUGUGAACAUUAUAGUCCCCAAGUUGGAAUGGACUUUGACUAGUACGACAGGCGAGAUUACUUAUUACAAUCUUAUUACAAUUGACUCUUGAGGCGCUUUCUGCGGCAAUGGAAUGUCUCUAGCUUCUUAGUCUCACUCUUUCAACUUAAACUGUGAACCCUG